ACCAGGAUCUUCUCCAAGAGCCCUUCACUUCUGUCGACCCAAAACAAGUGCAAUUGAGAGGGUAGUCGGCAUGUCUCGUCAUUGAUCCGUGUUUUCCAUUUCUAGAGUCAAGAAAGCGCGUCUGAAACCAGAAAAUUGAGUCUGGGCAGCCAUAUUGCUGUUAGUGCUUGUUGAGAAGGACAAUAUUAAUAGAUCGUUGCUCGCGCUGUUGUUGUUGUUGCUGCUUCGCCGCGCGAGACUACUGGCGCGAGAAUGGAUUCAUGAUUUUGAUACAAACACACGUGUGUGAUUUCGCUCUGCGGGACUAAUGCAUGAGGGAAUUUAAAAUCACUUUUGCUCAGUUUGCUGGACUGGAUAGCAUAUUGGAGAUCUGGAUAUGUUGUCACUUUUCCACAGUGGCGUGGAGUAACUUUCCAGCCUGCAGACGUGCAUGUCUCCAUCUGAAAAUAGCUCCAACUUCGGCACUUGCUCAGAGAGGGGGCUUGACUCUCACUUUCUUACAUCGUUUACCUCCAGAAUCAGACCGCAGUCUGGGACUUUAACCCUGAAACAUAGUGGAUCCUCUAGGCUGAAGAGAGUAGUGUGGACAUAGAGCUCAGACCCAGCAUCUGCCUUCAGUCCUAAUGCCUGGACUGUGCAAAAUCAAGAGACCACUACAAGGAGAGAUCAUCAACAUGCACACAGACAGUGGAGGAUAUGUCCGCAAAAGCACCAUGCUUUCACUCACUCUAACCCCUAUGAAGAGAAUCCAGAGCUCACCAAACCUAUACACAUUCACAGACACUGAAUCAGAGCCAAAAGAUUCAGAUUUGUGGUCCAGCAGUACCAGUGAUGAUCUGAGAAACGGUGACUUGUGCUCUUCCUCUCUGGCAGCUAAAGGCUACAGAAGUGUCAAACUCAACUUUCAGGAUAAAAAGUCUCCCAAACCAGCACAAGCGCAUAGUAUCCAUUCCCACAGACUGCUGUCCACCGAGAGCCAAAUAUUGUCUUCACAAGAAAAGGAGCCCUACCUGCACCCUCCGUUUAGGCAGAUGGAGAAACAUGUAGCUUCCUUCUCCAUCCUCAUUAACCCCAGGCCUUCGAUAUCAACGCGACACACCCAGGUGCUGUCUUUGAGACCCCCUACACCUCCUAAAAGGAUGGGCCUCUUGAAUAGCAGCUCACAGCCCUGCCUUCCACUUCCAUCUGCAGCUCCGCCAGUGCCUGAGGUGCCAACCCUUCUCAAACAAACCUAUCCUGGAACAGCUUUGACUUUACCACCACCCCCUAACCGGCCACGAAUCUCCCCUGAUUUCACCAUCUUCAGAGCACCAGACCUUCUGCCCACGGCCCCAUCUCCAGGCCCUCCUUCUCCCGGCGGCUCGGAGCCUCUGCUGGGGCAGAGUCGCUGCUCUUCUCGCACUCACAGCGAAGCAUCCACAGCAGUGCUGGAGGAGUUGAGGGCGUGUGGACUAAGCCAAGAGGGAGGCUCUCGUACCCCCUCUCCAACCCUCAGCCAGAUGAGUGCGGUCACAGACUGCAUUGGGCUACACUCCUCUGCAGUUAGUACUGCUAAUGGCCAGAUGACUGUGAAUGGGGGUCUGAGUGGACCAACAAGUCCACAUAGUCACCUCCAAAGAACUUUCUCCCCCUCAACAUACCCCCCACCUCCAUCCUUGAGCCCCAGUAUUACAGCCAUGCAGCAGGCUAAAACCACUGCCUCUGGGUCUAGCACUCCGAUCUACACCAACGUGGAUCCUGUUUGCCCUGCACAAGCUGCACAGACUGACAGGAAAGGAACAACAGGGAAAGCUCCACUCUAUACUGGCAUCGGUCCUGUGGAUGAAUCUGGGAUCCCAAUUGCCAUACGAACGACUGUUGACAGGCCAAAAGACUGGUACAAGACCAUGUUCAAACAGAUUCAUGUGGUGCAUAAACCAGAGAAUGACUGGUCUGGGUCCCAUACUGCCACAGAUCCCAUUACAAAUCCCAUUACAAAUACUGAUAAGCAUGGCCCAUCCAAUCCUGUUCAGGCCCAUCCUGCACCUAAAACAAGCACCUACCAGCCCAUCACCAAGCGUGUCUCUGAUAACGGCAUGUACAGUUUCAGAAUGCCUACCACCUCAACCCUGCCCUCUUCAGCAUCAGCACAGUACAGAGCCAAUGACAAAAACACAACACAGAGAGGCAGGAGCACACCUGACAUGAAUGAGUGGGGGCCUCCCGAUAGGAAGGUGGAUACACGGAAAUACAGAGCUGAGCCCAGGAGUAUCUUUGACUAUGAGCCGGGGAAGUCCUCUAUUGUAGAGCAAGAGAGAGCGACAAUUAACUUAAGACCAGAGGAGAUAGAUUUAGAGAAUGAGCCGUGGUAUAAGUUCUUUGCUGAACUGGAGUUUGGGCGGCCGCCUCCAAAAAAGCGUCUUGAUUAUAAUCCAGAGAGCUCUCCUCGAUUCCGAAUGGAGACCUCCCUUUAUCAGCCAUCUACAGAAAGAAGCCUUGAACUGCCAUCAUGUUCUGCCAGUGAUAACAAGAGAAGACGUAAAUUAGAACCUGCAGUCACUCAGCCCUGGGCUCAGAGCAGUGUGGGCACAACACAGAGUUCAGUCAGACCACCAGAGCCCCCCAGGAGUAGCAAUGUCCAGAGGAAUCCCCUCACCAGCCCUAGCUCCCCUGCCUCCACCAGGACUAAAGGUGGGGAUAUGAGCAAUAUGCACUCAGCACUUUUACAUUUUCAAAGUCCAAACCAUGCUACCUCAGAUUGCACAUAUCAAAACAAAGGGAAAAAUGAGGAUUGUCUCACAGUCAUCCCUGUCUCAGAGGGCUUCUCCAGCCUCCCGGAUGGCUGGGGAACCAUCCAACAGAACCCAGAAGACUGGAUAAGCACAGAAGAGUCUUCUCCUAAGCUUAAAUUCUGGAGCUGUGAUGACCUCCUGUCUGAGGGCCAAGGCAGGGAAAAAGAAGUGCAGACUCGAUCGGAAAGCACCGGCUCAUUGUUGCAUAAUAGGGAACUAGAAGAAUCACAAUGCAGUGACACCCAUGAGUCUGAGAAACAUGGAGAAAGGACAAGGCAUCGUUCAGCCCAUGAUACAUCAGGAUUUCUCAAACUGUACAAGAAGAUGCAUCACAUCAACCGGCAAGAGCUGAUAAACACUACUGUGAUCUGCUCUGUCAAGGCCAGAAUUCAUAAGUUUGAGAGUGAACAGCGUAAGGACAUGCCUACCAGCAACAGGGGCUGCAGCAAAGAGGUGCCUCGUGACAUGGUGCACAACAGGAUCUCUGAAUUUGAGAUUCUGAUCCAGAAAUCCAAAUCCAUGCCAAAUCUUGGGGAUGAGUGCUUGACCAGGAGUUCCUCUAGGAGGACCGAUAGCUCCAAGCGUAGCCACUCCAUUGAGUCAUUACUGGAUGAAGAAGCACAAGCCAGGAACCCACCUGAAGGACGACCUCAAUAUCCCAAGAUAAAUACUCAUGUGCCAAUCCACAUUGAAGUCACCAGUGACCAAUUACAAAACUCUUCCAUGCACCUUGACUACUCGGACAGUGAGCAUGAUGGAGUCGUGUCUGAUCUCAGUGACUUCAUCCAGAUAGAAGGCUCAUCCUUUUGCAGUGAGAGAGACUUUGACCUAUGUUCAUUCGCUUCCUCAGAGAGCUUCUGCGGCUCUGGACACCAUCAUCAUUAUCAAAGGCAGCUUGUGAGUUCCUGUAAGGGUCGCUGCCCAGCCUCUUACACACGGUUUACCACCAUGAUUAAGCACGAGAGGGCCAAUCAAGACCGAAGGAAACAUUUGCGAGUGGAAGAAUCCGAGUUCGAUCUCAGCAAGCUUGCCUUCCUGGUUAGCCCAGUGCCUUUCCACCAGAAGAACCCAUCUCCGUUGAGCUUCUCACAAAUGCCAAAAUCACGGAGCUGUAUGUACGAGGCUCUAGAUUCAGCUCUGAAAGACAUCUAUGAACACAUCCAUGCAGAAAAGCGCAGGGGUAGCCUGCCAGACAACAGCAUUCUCCACAGGUUGCUGGCAGAGUUGCUGCCUGACAUUCCCAAGAGGAAUUCCUCCCAGCCUGAGAACUUGCGCAUGUCCCACAGUGCCUCUCGCCACCAUAUAGACGGCAACAACAACCAGAGGAACCGCAACUGCGAUCAAGACCAGGACACAUCCAGAGGAUAUUCUUACCCUGAUGUGGGUCACCACACACCACCGAGCAGGAAACAGACCCCUGAUGUCAGAGAGAAACUGACAGCCAGAGCAAUAUAUGACUUUAAAGCACAGACGGCAAAAGAGCUGACGUUUAAGAAAGGGGAGUCAGUGUAUAUCACCAGGCAGAUAGAUAAUAACUGGUAUGAAGGAGAGUAUCGUGGACAUGUGGGCAUCUUUCCCAUCUCAUAUGUGGAGAAAAUCCCUCCUUCAGAGAGACAUUUGCCAGCAAGGCCUCCUCCUCCAGCUCAGAGCAGAGAAAUCGGAGAAGCGAUUGCCCGCUACAACUUUAAUGCUGAUACUAAUGUGGAGCUUUCAUUAAGAAAAGGCGAGCGUGUCAUUCUCUUGCGGCAAGUCGAUCAGAACUGGUUUGAGGGCAAGAUUCCAGGUACAAACAAACAAGGGAUUUUUCCAGUGUCUUAUGUAGACAUCAUGAAGAAGUCAUCAGUUCAAAGUACUGGUCAACCUCCUGGGCCCACUAUACCCACUAGUGACAGAGUGCACAGUAGGCCACCAUCUGCACAUACCUUCUACAGCUCUCCAUCCCCAACUCUUCGUCCACUCUCCUCAUACUCUCCCAGCCCGCAGAGAGAAGCGCACCUCCAUGCUAUUACAAGCGAGUGGCUGGCCCUCACUGUUGGUCUGCCUCCAUCUGGAACCCCUGCUCCCACUCCUCCUCCCUUUCCUUCCAACUUCCAACCAGACUAUGAAGGGCUGGAUUCUGCCAUCUCCCCCUCUCCUGCCUCUUCCAUGCUGGGCCACUUUCCGGCCAUCACUCCCCACAUCUCCACUCUUGCGCUCAAAGAGGGCCACUUCAUUCCCAUCUCCUCCCCAAAGUCCUACAUGUCCCCUGAGCCCAGCCCAUCACCACAACCCUACCUCACCUCUGCAUCCUUCACUCCUUCCCCCACCUCACCCACAUUUUACUCCAGUCCCAGGUCUGGCAGUGUCAUAGAGAUUCUCUGCAGCCAAAAACCAUUAGACCCACAUGAAAAAGAAGUGGAGUUGUUCACAGAUAGCAAAGAUCAGCACAAAUCAGGCAAGACAGACUCUCCUAAAUUGUGCAGCCCUAUUGACUUGGUUGUUUUUGAGGAACUUGAAUCCCAAUUGUCCCUUAAGGACACCUAUUUUCCAAAAGAUCCUGAUGAUGACCUGUGCGAGGAGUUAGUGUCCAUUAUUAAGGCCAGCCAAUCAAAGGGUGUGUUUGUAGAAGAGGAGAGUUUUUAUCACCAGAAACCAGAUGUAACUGAAAAGCUUCCAAGACUGUUUAUUGAGGAGGACCCAAAUGAAGAUAACAGCUUCUCAAAUGAACCCCUGACAUCAAAUAUGUUUACUCCAGUCCAGUCCACCCAUAGUGAGGGGUCAGAUAUUGAGCAGAGUGAAAUUUCCCAGAAUGCCUCUCCACGUCUCUCCCCCCUGUCCUCACAGAUGUCCAUGCCAUUCAUACUUGCCACAUCAUCUAAGUACUCUCCCUCCUCCCCAUGCACCACCCCUCCAUUGCCUGGGGUUUCAGAGUCCCCCCCUCCCUCUGCCAAACUGUCCUUUCGACAGGAACUCCGCUCCUCAAAGGUCAAGCCUGUGUUGAGGCGUGAUGUUGUGGUUGUUGGUAAGCCCCCUCGUAGCCCUGUGAUGUCUAGGAGAUCCUGCGGCUCGCCUGUUAGAGGUCAAAACUUUUCUCCAUCUCAUAGGUCCCAAAGACAAGCAUAUGUUAAUGAUCCUCUUCCAAGUAUAGGGGAACCAUUUCAAGCUCUUUAUAACUACAUGCCCAGAAAUGAGGAUGAGCUAGAAUUAAAGGAGAGUGAUAUUGUUGAUGUCAUGGAGAAGUGUGAUGAUGGAUGGUUUGUGGGAACGUCCAGGAGAACCAAGUUUUUUGGAAGCUUUCCUGGAAACUAUGUGAAGCAGUUAUAAAUUGACCCAUGCUCUAAUUUCCCAUUCAAAUAUCUGAUGGUCAGACAUCUACAGAGGAUAGAUGGACACUGUCACCUACAGCUUCCUGCUGGAAUAAGCAUGACAUAUUCCAGUCAUCAGCAUGAUGGACUAAUGGAAAAAGAAGCCAAUGGACUUGGAAGGGGUUAUUGCCCCAUGUUAUUUGGCUCAAAUAUGUGGAUUAUUAAAUUCUGAAACCAUUAUGUUAAUAUAGGAUUUCAGUAAAGGCUAAAAUAUUUGGUUGCCUACAUUUUUAACUCUAUUUCUCAUAUUUGGGGGGAAAAAAAAACCCAGAAUGGAUGCCUUUUAGUUUUGUCUGAUGAAUUUCAACAUAGUCAAGUGCCCUAUUUAUCUUUUAUUUCUUAAGAGGCAUUUUUCUUGCAUUGGAAGGGUAAGAUACAGUAGGGUGAGGAAUGUUCUACUGGUGCCCCUCUGUAAAUUGGGCCUGAUGUCUGAUCUGAUCUAGAUCUAGAUUAUUAAACAGUAUUGCAGUGUCAUGUUUGUGCCAGGCACAGUGGAUAUUACAGAUUCCUGCUCACACAUGUAUCUUUUCUUCAUGUAAACUCUCUGCUUUAAAAGAAUGACCUCUGAUUUUCUAGGGCUCCAUGUUUUUUCUCCAGACAUUCCUUUGAGCAUUUGAAGGAUUUUUCAGAUAAGAGAAAAAUAUUUUUAAAAUUUUUCAAUUAAAAGAGAUAACGUUUUGCAUGAAUGAGUGCAAUACCCUAAAAAAAGUCAUUUUGGCAAAAUUGGGUAUGAUAAACUUAGUACACUUAAGCAUAUUAAUAUUUCAACUGCCUAGAAUAAAUAUUCUAUUGGGUGACCUUGCACAUCACUUUUAGUUUACACUCUGUAAUCUCUUAUUUAUGGCCAAUAAGAGGAGCACAUGAUGUCAUAAUUACUGAAUUGCCUUUGGCAGCCAUGUAUUUUGUAUAUGAUGUUUCGCCUUCCAAUUCUUCAUAUUUGUUGAAUUUGAGAGAAAAUGUUCUUAAAAUUUAUUUUGUUUAUUUUUUCAUUUCAGCAAACAUUUUUUUUUUAAUUAAGAUUUUAAUUAUACGAAAUAUAUUUUUAAUUAUUCACUUUCCAUUUAUUUUUAUCUGUUCAUACGAUUACACUCUCAUAUUCAAAUAUAUAUUUAAAAUUUGCAGCAUUGCAAUCCUUCUAUGAAACUGUAUGACUAAUGAUAUUAUUCCAGUCAGUACAGCAAGAAAUGUAAAUGUGUCAGUCAGUAGAAAGGUGAACCAAUAAUAUAUGUAAUCUAGGCAAUAUUAUACCUCAUGGAAUUAUACAGUCUGUGUUGUCAAUAAGCUUCAUUGUACCAGUAACAUAAUUUGCAUGUUGCUUCAUAAAGAACUGUUCAUUAGUGCAAAUUUUGUUUUCCAACGUCCCUCACAGAAUUAUUUUAUGACUAUCAGAGUUUAUAAAAACACUGUGUUUAUAUGUGACACUGAUAUAAGAGAUUAAUAUGGUAGUACUACUAAACUCAGCAAUACUUUCACUAACACUUGGCUCUGUCAUGAACCAUCAAGACUGCCAAAUGUCUUAAUUGUGGUUUUGUAUGACUGCUUGUUAAGACCUGGCACCCCAGUCUUCCAUUCGUAAGCACUAGAGAUUCUCAACCUUGUUUCUGGAGACCUGAUUGAACUCAUCAGCUCGUUAGUGGAGACACCAAGACCUGAUUUGGGUGUGUCAGAAAAGGGAGAUUUACAGUGUUAAACAUUGUUGGGGGCCUCCAGGAACAGGGUUGUUCCAGGUGCAUAAUUAUACCAAAUAUAAUUUAUGCAAUGUCCUGAAUAUUUAUGUAAUAGUUAACAAUGCUAAUAGAAAGCACGAUUCAGAAGGUUAUGUUUAUAAAUUAUAGAACACUGUUAUAUGUUUAUUAAGUUAAUUAUAUGUAAAAAGAAACCGUUCACUUCAGGUGGCCACAGCAAGCACCAGCGUAAACCUGCCUCACUAAUGAUUGAUUGAAUUAAAAAGUGAUUGUUGGUUAAGUGUAGACAUUAUUGCAUAACUGAAAUAUGAAAAGGAAUGCAAUUAAAAGCUCUUCUUGGAGAGAAGUCCUUAACAGUUCCCAUUGAAGGUACAAUUAACAAAAUAUAUGUUUACCCCCUCAUUGUUAAAAUAAAUAAAUGUUAUAUAUUAAACAUUCUGAAUAUAUUUAAAUAUAUAUUCAAUUUCUAAACAACCCCUCUGAAAUCAACGAUAUGUUCAAUGUAAUGUUUUUUUUUAUUAUUUUUGCCAUCUCUCUCUCUCUCUGUGGAAAUCAAUAAAUUCAGU